AAUAACAAUAAUAGCACUACAUUGAGUGUUGCAUCAGAAGACAACCAACCAUCGCCCACGGAAAAACUGACCAAAAACAACGCUUCCUCCAUCAGUACCCAAUUCAAACAAUCCCCCCAGCGUCGCAUACAGACAAUAAGUAUCCUUGAAAUCAUCUGUGAUACCUUCUCUAUUCGUGGUGUUGCGCGGAUGCGUCGAGGUCCACCAUUUCUCCGUGGUCUCUGGUUUUGUUUUGUCCUCAUCAUGACUAUCGGUCUCCUAUUGACAACAUAUCUUCUCGUACAAGAUUAUCUCAUCUAUGAUGUUUCUGAAAAUAUUAAUGUGAUCUACGAUACAAGAUCACCGUUCCCCGCGCUAACCAUUUGUCACCAUCAUCCCUUCUCACAAAAUGCUUAUCAUCUUUGGCGUGAUGGACAGGUAAUGUCGCCUAGUGUGUUCAAUAGGAAUAUGCGAAAUCUGACACAUCAGUUUCUACUAGAGAAUGAUAUUAGUACCGCUGAAGCUUUGUAUCAGUACGAUAGUAUGUCCAUUUAUUAUCAAAAUUUACGGGUAAUUGACGCUUACAAUCUUGGCCAUGAUACAACCGCUUUUCUGAAUUGUAUGCGUCGCGUGAAUCACACAAUCGAGAUUGAAGACAACUGUCUGAAUAUGGAGGGAUUUCAAAUCCGAAAGUUUAGUCAUCAUACUUAUUUUAAUUGUCAUACUUUUGAACCGAAAACAAAAAUGGAGGCGGAGGAUACGGAUAUCAUUGCACUAAUCGUUAGUUUGGGGACAGAUCCAAAUUAUUACAAUCAAGAACAGGCGUUUCUCACGGAUUUAUUCGAGAUGGCCAAGGGGUUGCGUGUUGUUGUCCACGAACCUGGUACCUAUCCAGAUCUGGAACGUGAAGGUCUUCAUGUGGAACCAGGAAAACUGAAUGAAAUCAAUUACAAACCAGUGCUGUGGAAACUUUUGGACACUCCACAAAGACCAUGUCGACAGGAACAUAUAGAUCGUGAUCCCGAACUGGCACGUAUCACAGAUCAUACUUUAGCUGAAUCCCUAAACUCUGAUUAUGCUUACGCAUAUCAUGAUCUGAAUGUUUCCUAUAGAUACACUCAACCCCAGUGUAUAUUGUUUCAUCAACAAGAGGAUAUUAUCAAAGAAUGCGGUUGUCAAUAUAUCUAUCACCCACGUCCACAAUUUCCGUCGCCUGAUCUCCCCUAUUGUGGAUCGAUUAUGGAGAAUGGUAUCAAUGUGAUGGUGUUAAGUGAACGCGUCCAGUGUCUCACAUCUGGCCCGUUGAAUGCUACAGUUAGACAACAUUAUGAAAGAACAAUCUGUCAGCCAAGAUGUCAAUAUUACACUUAUGAGAGUACAAUCUCGGUGACAACAUGGAGAGCUGUCGACUGGCAACUUCACUGGCUUCGGCAGUUGAAUAGAGCUUUUAAAUCAAUGCAGCAUGAAGCAAAACAACAUGGGGAAGACUGGAAUAUUACAAACAGUCAUGGAUUUCAACGAUGGAAAGAAUACUAUGAGCAAGAUAAUCUGACAAAUAUCUCUUCAAAUGCGAUCAAUGAUCUCAAUUUAAAAGGCGAUAAUUUCGCUUAUGUGGUGUUGAAACGACGUGCUAGAGAUGUACGCGUCAGUCAACAAAAAUUAGUUCUAAGCAUCAGUGUCCUGUUGAGUCGUAUUGGUGGUCUAUGUUCAUUGAGUAUUGGACUAACUGCGGCAUUUGUUGUUGAACUCAUCGAGUUUGCUUAUCGUCUGAGCACAAUGGAAAGAACAGACUCUGGAACAAGUCAUAAUAGUAGUAAUAGUAACAACAAAAAUCAUACUGGUAUUAACGACCCUGAUAAGGCCAACAGGAUGCAUCCAGUGAAUGAAGGAAGAAAUGAAAUGUAUAUGACAUCGGUUUAAGACAAUAUCUCACUCACCGACUAUAAAACUGAUUAGAUUUCAUUUUUUUGUAUAAAUGUCUCAUGUUUCAACUUUUUCAUUUGAAUUUCCCUCCAACAUGUACAAUGUUCAAUGUAUACAUUCUGUGUUCAAUGGAUAUAUUUGUAAUUGAAUCAGUCAAUGUGGAUAAAAGGCUUUGCAUUGAAUGUUUUGAAGAAGAUACCUCAUAUAGAAAUAAAUUUUCAUUUGAAG